AUGGCACAACUCCACGAUCUUCCCCUAGAGUUGUUGCCGCUGAUUAUUCAACACCUCCUCAAAGCUUCCCACCUCGCAUCUGUCUGUCUCGUCAACCAUGCAUUCAACGAUUUCGCUGUACCAAUGCUCUAUGAAAGGCUUGUAAUCUAUCCUUGGUAUAAGGACGCUAAAAUCAAGGUGGCAAAAUUGUUCAAGACACUGGCUGAAUAUCCGCAUCAUGCGAAGCAUGUCAAACGACUAGAAAUCCGUGACUUUCCAAAGUCACUUCUUGGCACUUCGCCUUCCUACCUUGCCCUCCUGCACGAUUGCAUGAUUGGCUUACAGAACUGCACGACUCUUAAGUCAUGCACAUGGACAAGGGAUGGGUCUCUCACUUCGAAAAUUCUCAAUGCGCUUUCGACUCGCUACGUUGCCCAUAGGUCACCCCAAGAUCCACGCACACACUCUCCAGAAGCGUCGUUCGACUUACUGGACACUGGAUUCGCUACUUUCUCGUUGGCUUCGGCGUCGGUUAAGCUUAACUCUGCUCUUACCAGCGAGAAGAAGUCGCAUUCGGACUCGAGACUUGAUCAAGCCAUGACACGGGCUCCGCUCACGGAAUUAGAGAUCAAUGGGCACAGUGAGGGGAAUUUCGACCCAGUGCUGUUGCUGAAGUUCGACAAGUUGAGGAAGAUCUCGUUGAUUAUGCCGAGUGAUGGAGUAUUGGAAAUGCUGCCGAGGUGGGCUGGAGUGACGGGAGCGACACUGACGAGCCUUACACUGAUUUGCAAGUUCUCCAACCAUGUGACGGACGAAUUACUUGAGGCGAUCGCUCCUAGCUUGAAUUCUCUGGAGCAUCUUUAUCUUGCAGGAUGCCCUAAAGUUACGCAUAAAGGUGUAUGGGCCAUGAUCCAAGCAAACCCAGCAGGGAUCAAGGGACUAGGAUUGGAAGGCCUGUCGACUACUUUCGAUAUGGCGAUGUUUGCUCAAAACGCACAUAAAGGCACCGAGUCCUGCUCAGGUCUUAUUUCGCUCACCUCCUUAACGCUCACAAUCCAUCCUUCAACAAUCACUCCCGCCUUCACAGAAGGCGUCUUGGCUCUCCUCGCCUCUUCUCCUCUCUUACACUUUCAAAUAUAUGCAUCCUCUUCCACUCGUGGGCCCACAUCCAUGGUCACUACGGCCUCUUACAUCGCCACCCCUUCUCACUCGUCCGCAUCAUCGCAAGCGCAAUCAACGAAGCAGCGUCAGGAAGACGAGGACAAGGCACGACGACAAGCGCUCGUAGACGACUUUUGUAGAAGGGUGGUCGCCAAUCAUGGAGCAACAUUGAAGAGAUUCAGCUUUCAUAGAAUUCGACUGAGCUUGAGCGUUGUAGAAGAGGUGUGCAGGAAGUGUGCAGGGCUGGAACAGCUGUUCAUGCUGAUCAUGCCAGAGGAAUUGCCCUAUUUAGGACAAAUCUUGGCUCAUGCUAAAGAUAUGAAAACCGUACACAUCAACUUCACGCAUCGUCCAGCGACAUAUAAUCCACGCGAAGGAACCCAGAUGUUAGUCGAGCAGUGUAGCUCGUCCAUCACGCAGUUCGGGAUCGAGACGCGGGUCUGGCAUGUCGAGAGAGAGGUGGUGAAAGACGAGAAUGGUGUGGCGGUGGCAACUAAGCCUGUGCUGGCGAUGUAUACAAGUCCAGAUAUACCAGAACAGUUCCUUGUUGUCCGUGCUUAGAUGACUGUAGCAUUUUAUAGUAUCAUGAGACGUUCAGUUAGACUAUCAACUCAACUGUUACUGGGAGAUCCUUAGAAUGAUA